AUGCGCCUACUUCCUACCUCAAAACUUCAACUCUCAGAGUUCAUCGCAGACCCUCCAUAUUACGCUAUUCUGUCCCAUACAUGGGCAGACGAGGAGGUCUUAUUUUCGGACCUACAAGCGGAUCUAUCUCUAAAGAGCGGUUGGGCAAAAGUCACGGGAGCAUGUUGUGUAGCGAAAGACCUCGGUUAUGAGUGGAUAUGGAUUGAUACCUGCUGUAUCGACAAGUCUAGCAGCGCGGAACUUUCAGAGGCUAUCAAUUCCAUGUUUCGAUGGUAUGCAAAUUCCAAGAUUUGCCUUGCGUAUAUCGCCGACGUACACCCCGGCUUGGGCCAAGUUUCCCAUACCCUGCGUCAGAGUCGAUGGUUUACUCGAGGUUGGACCUUGCAGGAGCUCUUGGCUCCUAGGCAAGUAUCCUUCUACUCAUCUCGCUGGGAGAUGAUAGGCUCACGUGAGGAUCUUAUGAACGACAUUACAUCAGCCACGGGGAUCGAGUCAAAGUAUUUGUUUCAUAGAGAGCAUUACCCGCCUUACACAAGCGUGGCUGAACGCAUGUGCUGGGCUUCCCGCAGAGAGACGACACGCGCCGAAGAUGUCGCUUAUUGUCUACUAGGCAUAUUUGGCGUCAACAUGCCACUCAUCUACGGGGAAGGUCACAAUGCCUACCGAAGACUGCAAGAAUACAUCAUACAGAAAGUUGAUGACCAUUCUAUCUUCGCAUGGGACACCCUUCGAUUGACAGCCUUGGACCUUUUGAAACACCGAGGGCCCAUCACGUCGUUCUUUGCACCUCAUCCUAAGGCGUUUGCAAGAGCAGGUGAUGUUGUGCCAUUUCAGACGCCUUACAUCAGGAGCAGAAUCAAAAUUGGCCAUGAUGGUAUCACAAUCGACAGUCCAGUGUGGAAGGCGCUGGAGCAAUACGAUGCACUACGAACGCCUACCUGCCUGGUCCCCUUAGUAUGCCAGUAUAAGGAUGACCCUCUCCACUGCAUAGCCCUGGCCCUCACUUUCGACGACAGUCACAAGUCCGUGGGAAGUCAACUCUACUAUCGUGUGGGAAAUGGACUUGCAUAUUGUCCGAAGAGAACAUGGGUGCCGACAAAGCUGCGUUCAGUCUUUCUGCCCUUCAAGUUAUUAGUCGAGUCGGCUAGUAAUCUUGAGCGAGACAAAUGCAUAAUCAGGACAUUACCGCGGUCAUACCGAAUAAAGCGGUUACUUGCUCGACACGGCGAAUCAUCAUUUCCAGAACCUGGCCCACACACGGCAGUUUCGAUUGAUUUCGGCAUGACGCUCAGCCCUUCACCUCUUGGCCGAGAAUAUUACCUUGGGACUCCAUGCAUUGUUUGGUUGAAGGGAGCGCCAGACCUGGAUCUUAUUCUUACGCUACAACUCAUUUCUUUCAACCCGGAAUCGACUUGUAGACGCAGCUUUCUGAAUUUGGCGGAGUCAAAGUACAUACUUUACUUCCUGGCGUACGGCGGCCACGCAUCCUCGGAAGGAAUAGUGGCCCGUGUGAAGAACGAACUGAAGAAUCUUCAUCGAUGGCUAGACCCCGAUACCCCCCUGGAUCCGCAAGGCGCGGGGAUCGACAUGUCCACUCACAUUCUGCGUGGCGAGCCUGACUUGCAGCAGUUGAAUACUUCACCAAUAUGCGACUUGCGAGUUUCCGUGUCCAGAGACCCAGAGUACGACCCAAACGGUUUUCUUCUCGACAUUACGGCUCCUCUUGGCUUCGACAUAUCGGCAGAGACGGUGCUAGAACAAUGUUUUGCGCCCUUGUGCCAAGCAGCUUCAGAUUUCAACCAUGAGGAUGGUGUCUAG